CCUACCUCUGCUCAGGCACUCGGCCUAGCAGCUCAUCUACCUACCUACCUUACCUCAUGUAUCUGUUGAACUUGGCUACCUAAGCUUGCGUAAGACAUCUCACAGAGCAACCUCUAUUUCGAAAGAUAUCUCACCGUCUGAAGCAAGAUUAGGUAUCUGCUGAAGCCUAAGGUCAAUGCUUCAUCUCCUGCGUAUGAGAUUUCCUACCAUUCAUCUGCUCGGUUUCGCUGACUGUGUGCAAUCUACAAUUGCAUACGAUAAGAUGACGGUGGUCAGCAUGCCAGACAACUUCGAGAAGGCAGUUGCCAAAACCAACACUUGGUUCAUCAAUACGAUGCCAGAAGCGGCUGAUGAUAUGGCGAUAUGUCAGCUGAGGCUAGAGUAUGGACGGCUUUCAAUGUGGUCACGAGCUAAGGCAGCUACGUAUGUGACGCUGGAGGCGAGGUCCACUGAGCAAUAUGCAAUCCCUUCGAGUACUCAUCUCGUCUCAUCUCAACCUCGAAACUUCACCUACAAUGAAUUUGGACCGACUAGCUAACCUCUUAAAACACGGACACCCCUUGUCGCCUUGUACCUCUUGUCCUUCUCUAGUUUCGAUUUGCAAUGCUGUUUAGCUGUCAGUCACGCCAUCCGUGUCCCUCAACCCGCCGAGAACGGAGUCCAGACCCAUAAGGAGCUGCCCCUCUCGGCUCGAGUGAGUUGAGCGAGGUCAGAUAAGCUUCUAGAAGCUCCCUCCUUCUACCACAGACAACCCUGCCACGUGCCGGCCCAACGUAUGGUUGUGUGCUACCUUAUCUGUAAGAUUUCACAUGGAAUCAUUUCAGGUACCAUAUAUCCACGGACGGCGGCGGCGUCUAGUGCAUGGAUAAAAGAUGGUAUAGGUAUGAUUAAGAUAGUGGGGUAAAUUUGAAGAUGUAAAACGACGGUAGAAAUACAGCU